UUUAAUUGUAUGUCAUCUGAAUCUGAUAUCUGCACAAAGAACUUUUGUCCAUCCAUUUAUUGUUUAUUUUUAUCAAUAGAAAACAUGGAAAAGAUUGGAAACCAAAUUGGCUACUUGAUCCUCAAGGACGAUGGUGCCGUCCUAGAAUCCGGUGGUGAUCUCGAAAACGAUGAACGUAGUGCAAACAUUUUCAUGGGCAUCCUACAAAUGUCUGAAACAAUUGAUGAAAACUUCAUGGCAAAAAGCAGUUGUGAGAAAAUAUCAAUCAUCUACGAAGACCACAGCUACACCAUGUGUAUGUCUAAUCGUAAGAUUUAUGUUAUCAAACAAAAGCACACAACAUCGAGCAGUGGCUUCUCAGAUCUAAGCGCAGACGUGGGAAACUCGAUAAUUGCUUGAGAUUCAUUUGGGUCGAAUGGAGGAACCAAUAGGAAAAGGGAAAAACGCAUUAAUUGGAGAACACCAUUUAUUCUAAUUAUAAUUAUGUUUAUUUGUCAAAAAAUACAUCAUUUGUAAUUUCUUGGUCGAAGAUCUUCUUGGCUUCGUUCGUUAUAUCCAAUAAAGUAGCUCUGUUAUUUGAGAUUAUUACAUAAAACUGA